CGUAGCCUUCCGGCCCGAUCGCUACAAUGGCUCUAAGUUGCCAUUUCCCGAAAGUCACGUGAUCCCUGUGUUGUUUGUUGUCCCGGAAGAGCGGCGGGAUGGCGGUGGAGGAGCCGGCGGUGUCGGUGCUGAGGCGGGCGGUGGAGCUGGACUUGGCCUCCCGCUUCCAGGAGUCCCUGGUCUGCUACCAGGAAGGGAUCGCCCUCCUGUUGGAGGUCCUCAAAGCUACUAAGGAUGAGAAGAAAAAGGCUCAUUACAGAGACAAAAUAACGAGUUACAUGAACAGAGCCGAAGAUAUAAAAAAAUACCUUGAGAAAGAGAAAGAAGAUGGAAAAUACCACAAACAAAUUAAAAUUGAAGAAAAUACCAAAGGCUUUAGCUAUGAAAAGCUAUUCCAAGAAUAUCUUAAUGAAACUGUUACAGAAGUUUGGGUUGAGGACCCUUACAUUAGACAUGUCCACCAGUUGUACAACUUCUUAAGAUUCUGUGAAAUGCUUGUUAAAGGACCAUGCAAAGUGAAACGAAUACAUCUUCUAACCUCCCAUGAUGAAGGCAGUGGAAAGAGUCAACAGAUAAGUGUCUUAGAAGAAAUACAGCAGUCCCUGAAGGAUUUUGGCAUAACCCUGGAUGUAUCAUACUCUCCUUCAAUACAUGAUCGAGAGAUCAGAUUCAAUAAUGGAUGGAUGAUUAAAAUUGGAAGGGGCCUUGAUUAUUUUAAGAAGCCACAGGGUCGUUUUUCACUUGGAUUCUGUGACUUUGAUUUGAGGCCAUGUCAUGAAACUACUGUGGAUAUUUUUCAUAUUAAACAUACAAAGAAAACAUGAUUCCCAUUUCAACCACUCUUAACUGCUUUUCUUCAAAUGUGAGCUACUUUGUCUAUUGUGUACUUUUAUAAAAUAAAUGGAACUUUUUAUUUUUUUCAAAAAAUUACUGUAUCUCAAUCCAGUUCCAAGGGGGAAAAUACCGAUGAUUUCAUGUUCUUAAAAAGAUCAGUCAGUCAUUCCUAAUGCUGGCUGAAGCAAAGACCACUAGUAGUAGUGGGUAUCUUUUGGCUUUCUGAAAUGUUGUUGAACUGCAAAUCCCAUCAUCCCUCAUAAGAACAUAAGAACAGCUAUGCUGAAAGACUGAUUUAUUCAUGUGGUGGUUAAUCCGUUGCCCAUGCGAUGACUGUCAACACUUCCUGUGGAAUUGAUACGCAGAAGAAAACUGAUAUAUUUCACAGUUAGAGGUGCUGACUAGGGUUGAUAGGAACUAGCCUAUCAACAUUUGGAGGGCCACACAUUUCUCAUACAGGUUGAGACUCCCUUAUCCAGAAAUAUCAAAUACAUUUCAAAUAUACAUGAUGUAAUUGUUAUUUGGGAGGCGGGGGUAGAACUUGGGGUUAUUGAGUACGUUUGUUUUAAGUAUCAGGUUGUUUCUACUGCCUCAAUCCUAAUCGGAGUAGGCAGGAAUAUAAAUAAGUUAUUAUUAUUAAAUCCUCCAAAAUUGUCUAGAUGGGUGGCUGAGAUAGUGACAGCUUUAUUUCAUGCACAAAAUUAUUAAAAAUAUUAUGUAUAAAAUUACCUGUGUAUAAGGUGUAUAUAAAACAUUAUGCAUAAAAAAAAUUCCAGAAUCCAAAACAUUUCAGAAAAGGGAGACUCAACUGAUGUCUAUUCUAAACUAAAAAGCUGACUGCUCUGUCACCAACUGAUGGAAGCUUAAAAGAAACCUGUGAUCCCUUUAUAAGCACAUCACAAAUGCUGAUGACUCAGACUAUUUGAGAUUUGGUGGAAAGGGCGUUAUAAAUAAACAUUAUUUUAAAUAACCACACUAAACAAAGCAAAAAUAUUACAUAUCAGUUAUUUAAGGUUAAUAGUUAUUUAACUACUGUAUUUUCUGGUAUAUAAGACU